GAUCCACUAAGGUAACUAUGUUGUUGCCGAGCGGAAGCGCCGUCAUGUUGAUCAUAGAUUGGAGAGUUGCCUCAGAGUUGAGGCGUUUUCCUGAGUUUGGGACAAGGUGUUGGCGGCUUCCCCCAGGUACAGCGGCCCCGCACUAGCUACACCCGCGUGUCUCCCCCUCCUCACAUUACACCAUCUCCACAGGGGAGUUAUCGAUCAACACCUGAAUCCGGGUCACAGACGCGGACACCGCUGCCGGCAGGAGCUGAGCGAGGGAGUGAGAGCCGAUGGCUGGCGAGCAACAGAGGCCGGGGAUUCACCGUGGGGCUGGAGCCGUGUCUCAUCGGUACUCAGAUACCGACCUGGAGGAGAGGGCCCAGGCUCUGCUGCUGGAGCCCAGGCUUGGGUCGGACCUGCAGAUCAGCUCUGGCGUGGAGGGGCAGCGGUCGCCGAACGGUGUGGGAUUGGACAACCUGGGGCUGUGCGGUGCCAGCUCGAUGCCCUCGCUGUGUGAGGUGCCGCGCGUGGUGCUGAGCACGGAGAGUGCUGCGGCGUUGAAGCUGGGCCACCAGCAGCUGAUCCCCAACAAGCUGGCGGAGACCAGCAGACCCAGCAGGUGGCAGCGAGGCAGCUCUCCCACUGGACGCAGGGACAGCGGGCGCAGGGAGGUCCACAGCAUGCCCCCCUCCGACCUCUGCUACAUGGACGGCAAGGAGCCGAGCACCACCCUGCAACGUAACCGUCGCAACCAGUCCUACAAGGUGGCCACCGGCGGCUUCACCGACUUCACCAACGACAAGGAGCUACUGACCGUGCCCACGCUGGUGGCCGUGCCAGAGACGGCGGCACCGAGGCCCGCACGGAGUCCUGGCAGGAGCAAGCGGACCCUGGGACGGAAGAAAGGCACCCGGAACCGGAGCUCCUUUAAGGAUGACCCGCGGCUGUACCAGGAGGUGCGGGAGAGGGGGCUGGGCAUGGUCCCAGAGUCCGACGACGACCUGCUGGAGGACACGGAGCAUCUGGAAUCCCGGGAGUCCAACGAGAAGAUCGUGGUCCAGAACUACCGGCCGCCACAGAUGACCUGGAGCCAGUUGCCACAGGUCAUAGAGCGAGGGAUCUUGCAUACACUGUCAACUGAGGAACGCAAGAGGCAGGAGGCCAUCUUCGAGAUCAUCGUGUCAGAGUUCUCCUACCAGCACAGCCUGAAUGUCCUAAUCAAUAUGUUCAAGAACUCCAAGGAGCUGCAGAAGACCAUGACCACGACGGAGCACCACCACCUCUUCUCCAACAUCUGUGACAUCCAGGAGGCCAGUAAGAGGUUUUUUGAUGAGCUGGAAAUACGCCACCAGGAUAACCCAGUGAUCCGAGACAUCAGUGACAUUGUGGAGCGUCACGCAACACAUCACUUUGAUGCUUACAUUGUCUACUGUUCCAAUGAAAUGUACCAACAGAGAACCUUGCAGAAGUUACUCAUCUCCAACACGCAGUUCAAGGAGGUUCUGCAGCAGAUUCAGAGCAAGCCAGAGUGUGGAGGCCUCCCCAUCAUCUCCUUCCUGAUCCUACCCAUGCAGAGGGUGACACGGCUGCCCUUGUUGGUGGAUACUAUUUGCCAGAAAACCAACCGUUUCGAAGUGGGAUAUGAUGCAGCGACUCAUGCACUGAAGGCCAUCAGCAAGCUGGUGAAGUCGUGCAACGAUGGGGCUCACAAGAUGGAGAGGACGGAGCAGAUGUUCACCAUCCAGACACAGCUGGAGUUUGGCAAGAUGAAGGGCUUCCCGCUGAUCUCCACCUCGCGCUGGCUGCAGAAGCGCGGCGAGCUCCUCGCCUUUGCGGAAGAGUCCGGAAUCUUCAGUAAAGUGUUUGGGAAACAAACCAGCUUCCUCUUCCUCUUCAACGACGUGCUGAUCAUCACCAAGAAACGCAGUGAGGAGAGUUACACAGUGCAGGGCUAUGCCAUGUUGGACCAGCUGGAGGUGGAGGCCCUGGAGAACAAUGACUCGCCCCACUCCCCUCCCGGCAAGGGCACCGGGGGCAGCACCCCCUCCAACCACCUCUUCAAGAUCACCAUGAAGAAGAACAAUGCGGGGGAACUGGAGCACAUGGUCUUUGGCUCACACUCGCUGAGUGACCGAGCUCGGUGGAUCGAUGCCCUCCUGAAGAAGGAUGAUGACCGCAUCAGUAAAGAAGGCCUCCAGCAGGUGGAGAUCGUCAAGGCCCACCUCGCCAAGCAGCCCGACGAGCUGUCACUGCAGCCGGCUGACGUGGUAGUCAUUCUGCAGAGAGUGGACGGCUGGUACCACGGAGAGCGGAUCCGUGAUUGGGAGAGAGGCUGGUUUCCCGAGUCCUGUGCCAAGGAAAUAACCAAUCACAUUGCGGUGCGACGGAACGUCCAGCGAAUGGAGAGGCUGCGGAUCGAGACUGAUGUGUAGCCGCCCUCUGACCCCAGCCCACCUCCAGCCCCAGACCCUGCCCCACCACCCCAGCCUGGCAUGGGUCCCUCUAUACCCAGCCCUGGGACCCCAUGGCAUUGACCCCCCCCCCCCCUCCACGGCCUGGCACUGGGUCCCCUCUAUACCCAGCCCUGGGACACCAUGGCAUUGGCCCCACUCCUCAGCCUGGCAUGGGUCCCUCUAGACCCGGGGUAUCAUGGCUUGCCCUAGUUCUGGGCUAUACCCUGCACCUGAGGCAUCAGCAAGCCAUGCCCAUUGCCCCACCAUCAUGCAUUGGCUGGUGGACCACCCAGCAUCAUUCCCAUCCACUCCCUCUGCUGCCCGGGAUGGCUGAGGAAGGGGGUCUCAGCCAAUAUUUCUGCUUGUUCAGGGGGAUGGAUGUGUGCAGUGUUGUGUCCAGUCGACAUGUCCAGCAGAGGCAGCAACCGGCUUCAUGUUCCCACAAGUGCCCCGUGACAGUGACUGGAAGUGUUGGGUUUUCCCAUCGACAAGAUCACCCGCUCUGCAACACUUCCACUCAUGCACUUUCACUAAAGUAAUUAGCAAUUGUAUUUUAAA